AUGCAGUGGUUUCCUCCAAAGAAAGCGGGAUACUCCGGGCCCUGCCGCGCGCACCGCCGCUCCGUCACGGAGCCGCUUUACUUCCGGGUGCGACGUCUACCCACCCAGGACUUCUGGGACGAGCCGCCCCCCGCCCCAGCCACGCCUCUGAGUCGCGCUGCGCAGGCGCCAUUGGGCAGAGGGAUUGGCAAGCUUGCGUUCCCCAGCGACACAGGCCUCGAGGCUGUCUCUGACAAGUGUUCACAGGAGGUGGGGACGCCUCUGCGCGAGGAACGAGGAGCUACGGGCCUGGGCCCGGCUAUUGCCAUGGGCAGCGGCUGCCGCAUCGAAUGCAUAUUCUUCAGCGAGUUCCACCCCACGCUGGGACCCAAGAUCACCUAUCAGGUCCCUGAAGACUUCAUCUCCCGAGAGCUGUUUGACACAGUCCAAGUGUACAUCAUCACCAAGCCAGAGCUGCAGAACAAGCUUAUCACUGUCACAGCUAUGGAAAAGAAGCUGAUCGGCUGUCCUGUGUGCAUCGAACACAAGAAGUACAGCCGCAAUGCCCUCCUCUUCAACCUGGGCUUCGUGUGUGAUGCCCAGGCCAAGACCUGCGCCCUCGAGCCCAUCGUUAAAAAGCUGGCUGGCUAUCUGACCACACUAGAGCUAGAGAGCAGCUUCGUGUCCAUGGAGGAGAGCAAGCAGAAGUUGGUGCCCAUCAUGACCAUCUUGCUGGAGGAGCUAAAUGCCUCAGGCCGGUGCACUCUGCCCAUUGAUGAGUCCAACACCAUCCACUUGAAGGUGAUUGAGCAGCGGCCAGACCCUCCGGUGGCCCAGGAGUAUGAUGUACCUGUCUUUACCAAAGACAAGGAGGAUUUCUUCAAUUCACAGUGGGACCUCACUACACAACAAAUCCUGCCCUACAUUGAUGGGUUCCGCCACGUCCAGAAGAUUUCAGCAGAGGCAGAUGUGGAGCUCAACCUGGUGCGCAUUGCUAUCCAGAACCUGCUGUACUAUGGCGUUGUGACACUGGUGUCCAUCCUCCAGUACUCCAAUGUAUACUGCCCAACGCCCAAGGUCCAGGACCUGGUAGAUGACAAGUCCCUGCAGGAGGCAUGUCUAUCCUACGUGACCAAGCAAGGGCACAAGAGGGCCAGUCUCCGGGAUGUGUUCCAGCUAUACUGCAGCCUGAGCCCUGGCACUACCGUGCGAGACCUCAUUGGCCGCCACCCCCAGCAGCUGCAGCACGUUGAUGAACGGAAGCUGAUCCAGUUCGGGCUUAUGAAGAACCUCAUCAGGCGACUACAGAAGUAUCCUGUGCGGGUGACUCGGGAAGAGCAGAGCCACCCUGCCCGGCUUUAUACAGGCUGCCACAGCUAUGACGAGAUCUGCUGCAAGACAGGCAUGAGCUACCAUGAGCUGGAUGAGCGGCUUGAAAAUGACCCCAACAUCAUCAUCUGCUGGAAGUGAGGCUGGUAGUGGCUGGAUGGACACAUUGCUGUGGGUAGUCCCUCCUACCAGGAGGCUUGUCAUACUGUCUAGAGGUUGACUCUUAGUUCUGUAAAUAAAGACAUCCAUUUCAAACAGC